AUGUCUUCGACAGCGAACAACACUGCGUCAGCUCUCCAAACGUUUGGGGAUAACAUCGUGCAAAGCGGCGUUGCACUCGUAUGCGAGACGCUGCUUUACGGGAUGUACCUCAUCCUCAUAUUCUUCUCCACUUACACCCUCUGCCGUAAGGGCUUCCGGUCCGCUGCGAAUGUCGCGAUGCUCGUGGUGACCCUCACGAUGUUCGCCAUGUCGACUACGCUGUGGGCCUCCGAGCUUGCCAUCCUCAUCCAGCGCGUACGACGCGGGCUCGUCACGCGCCCAGAUCUCUCGGUACCUGACAAUGUCACUGACGCAGCCAUCGCAAGUCGCGUGGAGAUAUGGCUCCCUGAGGUGUUUUUCUCGUUCGAGUUUGUAUUGGGAGACUCAGUUGUCAUAUGGCGAGCUUGGGCGUUGUGGCAAGAUAACAUCAAGGUCCUCCUCGCGCCGCUGUGUCUCGCAGUAGCCUCUGCCCUCGCUGCGUUCGCGCUAUUGGGCUGCGGUGCCAAGGCCCAUUUUGGCAGAGUCGCUGACGCGCCAGCCUUGUGCCAUAACUCUGAAGUGACCAGCUGGGUCCUAUCCAUUGCCGCGAAUGUCAUCGCAACCGGAAUUAUUGGAUACAAAGCUUGGGAAUACCGUCAGUUCAUCAGGAAGUCGCUCGGGUCCAAGAGCAGGAGAACGCAGAUCGAGAAGGUGCUCGCGCUCCUAGUCGAUUCAGGCGCGGUUUAUUUUGUCCUCUGGGUGCCCCAGAUCCUCGGCUUCUUCCCAAUAACAUUCCAUCCCGGCCCCGCACACUUUACGAGCGUCGUUUUUGGGUCUGUUUGCAAGCAGAUUGUCGGUCUAUACCCUACCAUCGUCGUGGUACUCGUCAACCUCCACCGCUCCGUCCUCGACUCUCCGAAUGCAUCGCACACGCACGCGCGUGCCCACCACAGCGAUCUACAACAAACGAACAUGCGGUUCGCAUCGGUGCCUGGUGUCGCAGCCUCGGCCGCAGUGGUGACGGAGACUGGUAUCGGGAGUGUGCGGCGGUCGGCCGUAAUCGUGGACGCUGCGCAGAUGCGGUCGGGUGUGGGGCAGACGGAGGAACACAGGAGCAGUAGAAGCGAGGAUGGUGCAUCGAGUGCGUCUGUUGCGGGGGUCGGGGAGAAGAAGGCAGAAGGCAGCGAAUCUGUCUGA